CUGAACUGAACGCAGAAAAAACAAAUGCAUUGUUACUUUUGAUGUGUGAGUUUUUGAAUUUUUAAUUUUUAAAUCUAAAAAUUUCAUAUAAUAUUUUAAUUAUAAACAAAUUAAGUUUUGCAAAAUAAAUCAUUUACAGCACUACUUUGGUGUUGUUAUGAGGUUAGUGCCUUUAAAACUGUUUAACCAAACUGUGCUACCGUCAUGCCGCUAACUAUUAUAAACCAGCUGUUCAGAAGAAUUGCGGCCACAAUUAUUUGAUUAAUUUUCCUGGUUGAUAUUUAAUUAUUUUAAUACAUAAAUAAUACAUAUAUUACAUAGAUUUGUAUAAAAAUGCCAACUAUAAAAACGAAACUUAAUAUUGAUAUAGAUUUCCCAGAAGAGGAUGUGCCGUAUGAGGAAGAGAUACUGCGUAAUGCUUAUUCCGUAAAACAUUGGUUGCGUUAUAUUGACCACAAAGCUAAGGCACCCAACAAUGGUGUUAAUAUAGUGUAUGAACGUGCAUUGAAGGAAUUGCCUGGCAGUUACAAAAUUUGGUACAAUUACUUGCGCACUAGGAGGAAACAGGUACGUGGACGUCCAUUGAACGACCCUAUGUAUGAAGAAGUCAAUAAUACGUUUGAACGUGCGUUGGUUUUUAUGCAUAAAAUGCCACGCAUUUGGAUGGAUUAUGGUACUUUUAUGACUUUGCAAUGUCGAAUAACACGUACCAGAUACGUUUUUGAUCGCGCCUUACGUGCGCUACCCAUAACGCAGCAUCAUCGUAUCUGGCCACUGUAUCUGAAGUUUGUACGUCAGUUUGACAUACCCGAAACUGCGGUGCGAGUUUAUAGGCGAUACUUAAAAUUAUGCCCAGAUGAAGCUGAGGAAUAUAUUGAAUAUUUAUCUGAAGUGGGCAAAUUAGAUGAUGCGGCUCAGCAGUUAGCUACGAUUGUAGAUAAUGAAAAUUUUGCUUCAAAAUUUGGUAAAUCAAAUCAUCAACUUUGGAAUGAGUUGUGUGAGCUUAUAUCUAAGAAUCCGCAUAAAGUGCAUUCACUGAAUGUGGAUGCUAUUAUUAGAGGUGGCUUGAGAAGGUAUACGGAUCAAUUGGGUCAUUUAUGGAACUCUUUGGCGGAUUACUACGUACGUUCCGGUUUGUUUGAUCGUGCACGUGAUAUAUAUGAAGAAGCCAUACAAACGGUUAAGACAGUACGAGAUUUCACACAAGUAUUCGAUGAAUACGCACAGUUCGAGGAAGUUUCAUUAAGCAAACGUAUGGAAACUGUUGCGAAUGAUCCAACCUCUACAGAGGAGGAUGAUAUUGAUGUUGAACUGCGCUUGGCACGCUUUGAAUAUCUAAUGGAACGACGUUUGUUGUUACUAAAUAGCGUGUUGCUGCGUCAGAAUCCACACAACGUUCACGAAUGGCACAAGCGUGUUAAGUUGUACGAAGACAAGCCGUUGGAAAUCAUCAACACUUACACAGAAGCUGUGCAGACUGUCCAACCAAAAUUGGCCGUUGGUAAACUGCAUACAUUGUGGGUCGAAUUCGCCAAGUUCUACGAGGGCAAUGAUCAAAUUGACGAUGCGCGCGUCAUUUUUGAAAAAGGCACCGAAGUUGAAUACAUCAAAGUGGAUGAAUUGGCGUCUGUCUGGUGUGAAUGGGCAGAAAUGGAAAUAAGACAAGAAAAUUUUGAAAACGCACUGAAGUUAAUGCAAAAGGCAACGGCGAUGCCAAAACGUAAGGUGGCAUAUCACGAUGACACAGAGACGGUACAAAUGCGUCUUUACAAAUCGCUAAAAGUUUGGUCGAUGUAUGCAGAUUUGGAAGAAUCAUUUGGGACUUUCAAAACCUGCAAAGCCGUGUACGAUCGGAUAAUCGAUUUAAAAAUUUGUACUCCACAAAUCAUUAUAAAUUUCGGACUCUUUCUUGAGGAGCACAAUUACUUUGAGGAAGCAUUUCGCGCUUAUGAAAAAGGCAUUGCUCUAUUCAAGUGGCCAAAUGUCUUUGAUAUUUGGAACUCUUAUUUGACAAAAUUUUUAAAACGUUAUGGCGGCACUAAACUGGAACGCGCACGUGAUCUUUUCGAGCAGUGUUUGGAAAACUGUCCACCGGAGCAUGCAAAAUAUUUCUAUUUACUUUAUGCGAAGUUGGAGGAGGAACAUGGCUUGGCUCGACAUGCUAUGGCGGUGUAUGAUCGUGCCACCGCUGCAGUUAAGCCUGAGGAAAUGUAUGAUAUGUACAACAUAUUCAUUAAGAAAGCAGCAGAGAUUUAUGGUCUACCUAGAACGCGCGAGAUAUACGAGAAAGCUAUUGAAUCUCUGCCCGAAGAAAAUAUGCGGUAUAUUUGCGUGCGUUUUGCUGAAAUGGAAACUAAAUUGGGAGAAAUCGAUCGUGCACGCGCAAUCUACGCGCACUGUUCACAGGUUUGUGAUCCACGCAUAACUGCUGAUUUCUGGCAAACAUGGAAAGAGUUUGAAGUGCGGCAUGGCAAUGAAGACACAAUGCGCGAAAUGUUGCGUAUUAAACGUUCCGUUCAAGCCACGUAUAACACGCAAGUUAAUAUGAUGGCGGCACAAUUUAUUAACAGCGGCAAUACUGCGGAGAAUGAAGUCGCUCAAGCGGACGCAAUGCGAAAACUGGAGGCUGCAGCAGCUGCACAGAAAGACAAGCUACCAAUCAAACCGCAGGCUGCGUCCAAUAUUAUGUUCGUGCGUGGUGAAACACAGGGUGGCGCAGCUAAAGAUAAGGUUGUUAAUCCUGAUGAAAUAAAUAUUGAUGACAGUGAUGACGAUGAGGAUGAAGGAGAAGAGGAAGAAGAAGAAGCCGAUGAGAAUGAAACGGAUAAUAUUGCUGGCGAAAAAGCCACAAGUGUUGAUGUGAACGGCAUGGCAAUGAAAAAAUUGCGUAUCCAGCAAAAAUCCAUACCAACUAAGGUAUUUGGCGGACUUAAAACAACCGUUGAGGAUGAAGAUGAAGAAGAAUAAUUAUUAUAUAAAUGAAGAUGUGUUGUCAAAAUUUAAGUAGAAACACAAUUAAUUGAAGGUAAUAAAGUAUUAUUUUCGAUUGAAUUUUUCACUAAAUAAAUUGAUCAGAGUAAACU